AGCCAUUUGGAGAGAACUGCUGCUCUGGGAGGAGGGGACAGCGAAGUACUCUGAGGCAAGAGCAACUUCCUGAGCUGAGGCCUCACUCUCACCUGCUGGCAUGCCACCCCAAACCCAGGCUCGGCAGAGACUUUUGAUCAAAGGAGGAAAAGUUGUGAAUGAUGACCUGUCUGUGGUGGCUGAUGUGUAUGUGGAAGAUGGAGUGGUGCAGCAGGUGGGACCAAACCUAAACCCGGGGCCUUCAACUGGACUUGUUGUGCUGGAUGCUACCAACAAGCUGGUGAUCCCUGGGGGCAUUGAUACUCACACACACAUGGAGUUCCCUUUUAUGGGUAGCAGGUCAAAAGAUGAUUUCUACACUGGAACCAAGGCAGCCAUAGCAGGAGGAACUACUAUGAUCAUCGACUUUGCCAUCCCUCAGAAAGGUUGUUCUCUUACUGAAGCUUUUGAUACAUGGAAAAGUUGGGCAGACCCUAAAGUCUGCUGUGAUUAUUCAUUGCACGUGGCAGUUACAUGGUGGAGCAACAAGGUGAAGCAAGAAAUGGAAAAUCUUGUUCAAAACAAAGGUGUCAACUCCUUCAAGAUGUUUAUGGCCUAUAAAGAUAUAUACAUGGUCAAUGAUGAGGAGCUAUAUGAAGCCUUUUCCUGCUGUAAGCAACUUGGGGCAGUUGCUCAAGUCCAUGCGGAGAAUGGGGAACUAAUUGCACAGGGUGCAAAGAAGAUGCUGGCAAUGGGAAUAACUGGCCCUGAGGGCCAUGAACUGUGUCGUCCUGAAGAAGUGGAAGCUGAAGCUACACAAAGAGCAAUUACCAUUGCAAAUGCUGUAAACUGCCCCCUUUACAUAGUCCAUGUAAUGAGUAAAUCUUCAGCAAAGGUGAUAAGUAACGCACGAAGAGAAGGAAAGGUGGUUUAUGGAGAGCCUAUUGCUGCAAGUCUUGGCACUGAUGGCACCAACUACUGGAAUAAAGACUGGGCUCAUGCUGCAGCAUAUGUGAUGGGACCCCCACUGAGACCAGAUCCAUCUACUCCUGGUUUCCUCAUGAAUUUACUGGCCAAUGGUGACCUAUCUGUGACAGGGACUGACAAUUGCACCUUUGACAUAUGCCAGAAAGCUCUGGGCAAAGAUGACUUCACAAAAAUCCCUAAUGGAGUGAAUGGUGUGGAGGAUAGGAUGUCAGUCAUAUGGGAAAAGGGCGUUCACAGUGGAAAAAUGGAUGAAAACAGAUUUGUAGCUGUUACCAGCACAAAUGCAGCUAAAAUCUUUAACCUUUACCCAAAGAAGGGCAGAAUUUCUGUAGGCUCUGAUGCUGACAUUGUAAUUUGGGAUCCUAAAGCUACAAGGACAAUAUCUGCAAAGACACAUCACCAGGCAAAUAACUUCAAUAUAUUUGAAGGAAUGGUCUGCCAUGGGGUUCCAGUUGUGACAGUUUCAAGAGGCAAAGUGGUUUAUGAAGGUGGAGUUUUCAAUGUCACAGCAGGAGAAGGCAAAUAUGUCUCCCGUCCACCAUUCCCUCCAUAUGUCUACAAACGAGUCAGGCAGCGGGAACAGGUAUGUCAACCAGUUCCUGUCAAGAGGGCACCAUAUACAGGCUCGGUCUCAGGAACAUCCAUCAUGUGAAAAUAACAGGCUCAUUCCCCAGUUUUGGUGUUGCAGACAGAAAUUUGAGAUCUUUAGUAUUCCAUUCUCCCUGGUGAUGUGGAUUCCAGAGGCAGGAGCAGAAAAGCAAUUGGGAGAUCUGAUCCCUGCACGCUUUCAUCCCCACCAUUUGCCAGAGAAAGCCUCGUAUAUCCAGUAUAUGUUUAUUGUUGGCACUCAGCUCACCACCUGUGAAACUCACGGCUGUGGUGCAUCACCCACACCUGCAGCGCUUCCCUCUUCAGCCUGAAGCAUCAGUGGCUGAAUCUCUGCAGAGCAGCAAUCCUGGGCCCUAUGGCUGCUCUGGGCCACUGGAGGGCAGGGCAGGUCUAAUGUAUCAGCAGCGAAACGAGGAGGAAGACACUAUCAUGCACAGCAGCACCCCUGAAGCAUGCUCAUGGUUUGAAAUCCUUGCCUCUAACGUCGACAAUAACAUCCCUGUUUUCAGGCUUUACUUCAUCAGCAGCAAAGAGUGAUCCUUUGAUCGUUACUU